CCUGGAUCUGGGACUGGCUCCUCCGUGCCCCGCGCCCAGCUCCCCGGCAUCGGCCUGUCCUUGAUGGGAAACCAACUGGACCGGAUCACGCACCUGAGCUACAGCGAGCUGCCCACCGGGGACCCGUCGGGCAUCGAGCAGGACGAGCUGCGGGUCGGGGUCGCCUACUUCUUCUCCGAUGAGGAGGAGGACGCGGAUGAGCGAGGCCAGCCAGACAAGUACGGCGUAAAGGGGCCCCCGGGCGGCGGCGGCGGCGGCGACGGCGGGGGCAGCCCGGGCCCCGGGACGCCCACCCACCACCCGCACCACCUGGUGCACCAGCUGGUGCUGCACGAAGCCCAGUGUUCCGCCUUCCGUGGGCCCGAAUGCAUCUUCUCCAAGGGAGGCGGGGGCGCCGGGGAGCUGGGGGUCUACGCGGUGACUGCCCUGCCCGCCCUCUGCCAGCCCGGCGACCUCGUGGAGCUGCUGUGGCUGCGGCCGCCCGCCGCCGCCGCCGCCGCCGCCGCCGGGGAGCCCCCCGGGUCUGCGCCGCCGCCGCCGCCCCCGCACUGGGCGGUCUACGUGGGCGGCGGCCAGGUCAUCCACCUGCACCGGGGCGAGAUCCGCCAGGACAGCUUGUACGAGGCGGGCGCUGCCAACGUGGGCAGAGUGGUGAGUAACUGGUACCGCUACCGGCCCCUGCUGGCCGAGCUGGUGGUGCAGAACGCCUGCGGCCACCUGGGCCUCAAGAGCCCCGACGUGUGCUGGACCAACUCCGAGAGCUUCGCCGCCUGGUGCCGCUUCGGCAAGCGCGAGUUCAAGGCUGGCGGCGAACUGCCCGCGGGCAGCCAGCCCCCGCAGCUGCAGUACUAUCUCAAGGUGCACCUGGGGGACGGCAAGGUGCACACGGCCAGGUUCCACAGUCUAGAGGACCUCAUCCGGGAGAAGCGGCGCGUGGACGCCAGCGGCACGCUUCGGGUCAUCAAGGAGCUGGCUGCCCUGGUGGAUGGCAAGGAGUAGCCCGGACCCGCCGCUGCCUCUCUCCUUUCUCUCCCUCCCCUCCUUUCCUCUCCCUUUCCCUUUUCCCUUUCUUCGCCUAGUCUCCCUCCUCCCCUUCCCUCCUCUAGCUUCCCAAAUCGGUGGAAAACUCCUCUGUGUAACUCAGCACGACCCCUCCCUAACCUCAACAGGCCCAGAGCCCCCACUGGCUGGUUCUGUGUUGCCCACACAUUGCUAGGGACGGGCAGCCAUGGGGUCUUGCUCCUCAGACGUUUAGACCUUUUGGGGAAUUGGCUGAGGCAGAAGGAGGCGUCCGGAGGAGAAGGAGGAAGAGCUGAAGGUCUCCUCCUUGCCCCUGAAGCCAGCUGUCCUGGCCUUGUUAAGGAGGGGAUCCUCUCCCAGAUGUAGGGACCAGUAGCACGUGGGGAGGGCAAGAAGUCAGGGCCCCAGGCCGAGGCCCUUUGCAGCUAGAGGAACAAACAUGAGAGGGUUACUGGGUACAAUGGGCUGUUCCCACACCAGUAUCCCUUUUCCAAGUGGGGACUGUGCUCUCUGCCUCAGGAGCACAGCCACUGCUACAGAAGGGGAGGAAGGGAUCUGAGAAGGCCUGAGAACCUCAGCUAGAUCACCAGGCUUUCUUCUGGAGCCCAAUGUCCUUGGGUUUGUAGGGUUUCCUAAAGAAAUAAAUGACGCCACGUUCCUGAGCUCCCGGAUAUAAUUCCACAGGAAGCCACUUGGGGACCAGGUAAAGUGCCCAGGUUAUCCUAGCUCUGCCCUGGCCCUCUGGCCUCAGACCUCUUUGGCUUCUGGACAGUGCUGGCUUCUCGGGCUGUUGUCCCAGCUCCCCAUCUUCCUGCAGAGGUGUUAUCCACCUCCAGAAUUCCUGGAGGACUCAGCUGGUGGUGGUGGUGCUCAGCUGCCGGCUGGGAACUGAGGAGGUGGGUCCACCUACCCUCCCCUGGGCCUGGUAAUCGAAACCAGGUGGGCAAGAUCCUGCCCCCAGAAAAGGGAGCCGGUGACCCCUCCUGGCAAACCUUGUAAGAGCAGCUAGAUCCCCUGCCUUCUGGCUCCAUUUCAAACCUGGCCCACCUGGGUGGAAGGAGAGGGAGGCAAGUAGCAAUUGCCCAGGAUUGCCCGGGCGGCAGAAGGGAAGCCAGCAUAUCAUACCUGGGCAACUUGGUUUGACUUUAAGACGUCUGAGUCAUUGGGACAACGGGCAAAGUUUAAAGGAAAAAAGAAAAGAAAAUACAGCAAGAACAAUUUUCCAAUUAUGUCAACAGAGUCAAUCACGUUGAUGUUUUAUUAAAGCAUUUUAGGGACCUGCUAAUAAAAUUUCAAAUUGAAAUUUUUCUUUUCAUGGCUUGAUUCCAUGAUGGUUUAAAUAACCAGGGGCCGUAAAGAGGAGAUUUGUAGCUGAGAGCUGAGCUAACAUUGCCUUUCACCAGAUUUUGUUCUCAGAUCUUCUGACAAUUGUUUCUUGAAUAUCGUAGUUUUAUUUUUGUCUUUUGACAGCAGCCCCAGGAUAGGUGAAGUCUCUAAUCAGCAGGUAGACUGGACUGACUUUCUCUCAGUUCCAGGGUUGUUUUAAAAUUAGCUUAUGGGAAAUGGCUAAUAGUUUUCUCUUUCCUUCUGCUGUUUUGUUUGUCAUGCACCCCCCACCUCAUUCUUCUGACAGCCUCUUUCCACUUCUUCAUUUCCCCUUUUUAUCUCCCCUCAUGAAUCUAGAGUGGGCCAAAUCACUGCCCUUUCAAAGAGAACAAGACAGACAGACACUGACAGAGAGACAGUGGCAGUCACAGAGAGACAGAAGGGAGAACAGCAAGUGGGCUGGGGCCAGGUCUUGUUCCAGGAAUCCAGGUGGGGUGUGGGUUUGCAGCUUCCCCCCCACUGUCCCUGCACCACCAGUCUGUCUGGCUCUGACUCACACUGUACAAGAAACACCCCCAGCAUCUCCUGCGCUCACCAAAGAAUCUGUCACCAAAAUAGAGCCGGGGUGUGUAGGACCAGUUGUCUCAGGCGAUGACAAAUCAGAUUGACAGUUUUGAUCUGGCCAGACAGCAGCCAGCCUGUUGGCCUGGGCUCCUGGACCCCAGGAGGUGCUUAAUAGAUGUUUGAAUUGCAAAAUUUCAAGAGGGAAUAAACUGAGGGAUGCUGAGGAUGGGAAUGCCUUCAUUCCAGUGCUUCAUUUUUGUCUCUCCCCGCCCCCCAUCAGUUUCCCUCCUGAACUUGUCUCUUGUCUAAUCCUAAUUCUCAGGAUCAAAAAGUCAGAGCAUUGGGAUAGCAGCUCUGCAUUGUCCUGGCGUUUACCACUUCCCCAAUGAGGUAAUUUCUAAAACUGUGGAAAGCGCAUAUGCCUUUGUUUAAGAAGAAAAAAAAAACAAACAAAAACAAACAAAAGAAAGGGGGAAAAACCCGCAAAAAAAAAAAGCCGGUUAAUAAUGACUAACUUUAUUUUUGCAGUCUGCAGUCCCCCAAAGUUUUUUUUUCCUUAGCUACCCCCAGACCCUUUUUUCCAGUACCAGGAUGGCAUAUGCUAAGGCCCUGUCCUCUUACAGACAUUUGUUGCCCUCUUGCUGAUAUCUGAUAUCUGUAUCUUGGCUCCCUACUCUAUUAAAUACCAUCUAAAAUAUUCGUCCCUGAGGCUGCCUCCUUCUUAGUUUCCUCAUCUUUGACUUUUACCCUCUUCCCUAUACUCAGAGGACAGGGGUACAUGGGAGUCACCAGACACAUGAAAGAGUCAACCUCUCUUUGGCUUUUGACACGGGUUUUGGUUCUGCUAAGGGUCUGGGCUCUUGACCCCAGUGAUUUCCAAUGGCAGGGCCUAGGCUGGGGUAUGGGGAGCGGGAAAAUGCUCCACAGUUUUAUAUUUGCUGAUAUGAGGUUGGUAAUAAAGAUGCUGGUUUGGCGGUUAAUGCAAUGUUCGUUCCUCCCGGGGCCCUGGAAGGCACUCUGGGGGCCCAGGGGAAGGGCUGUAAAGGGCUGCUGCUCAGCUUUCUGGGUGGACAGCUCCCGGUGAAUGAGAAUGUUGUUUAAACAUCCAUUGGCUUGUUCCAUGACCUUUAAAUUCAUCAGUGAUGCUGGAAUGGUUUCAUUAUAUUGUGUUAAGGGGAAACCAUGAUAUUUACAAAUUAAGAUUCUGAUAAAAUUGUCUAAUAAUUGUCAUUCAAGGGAAAGAGCCCUGACUUUGGAUUCAGAAGACGUAGGUUCAAAUGUGGCCAACGUCCUUUACUACCUUUGUGACCUUGGGCAAGUCAUUGAUGUUCUCUGGCCUCAGUUUCCUCAUCUAUAAGAUGACAAGGUUGCAUUAGAGGACCUAGAAGGUCCUUCCAGCUGAUAAUCUCUGAUCCUAUGACCUAUGUUCAUUUAAUUGUGUAAUCAUGGACAAGAACCUAAUUCCCCAGCCUCAGGUUUUCUCAUCUUUAACAGGUAGUUGGACCGGUGUCCCCUGAGACUCCUGUGACUUCUUAGGCCUGUCCUCCCAUAGUGGAAAGGCCCUCCUUCCCAUGCAGAGGUAGGGAGGCAACACUCGGUAAUGAGUACUGCAUACACCAUCAGGCUUGAUUAAUGUGGUAGUUUUGCUAAGCUGCUUUUUUAAAAUCUUUCCUCUUUAAAACUUUUUUUUUUGCCAUAAGGGAUGGGUCUGUGGGGAGAGGGAGGGGAGGAAUACAUUUAGAGAUAAAUGUGGUUCUAAAACAAAAAACAGCAAAAACAAAUAAAAAUGGGUAAGCCAAAGACCUAAGUUCCCAUUCCA